AUCACAGUCUUGUUCUCUCUCAUCGAUUUGCCUUUAUUUCACAUAGGAGCGCACUUCAGCAGGCAUCAGCACAGCCAUGCUACCUCCUGCCGACACUUUCACCUGGGCGCACCCCAGGCUCCCAUCUCAGCAGAGUUCCCUCUCGGACACGCCGGCCAGACCCCGCAGGCGGGCCUGGCUGCCCACCUACCCACCGCACACCACCCGACACUCACUGCCCUACCUGCACCGCCUCAGUUUCAGGACGUGUCAGGGCCUUCAUUCCUACCUCAGGCCUUACACCAGCAAUACCUCAUCCAGCAGCAGCUCUUUGAAGCGCAGCACCGCAGGAUCCUUCCCCACUCAUCCAGAAGAACCCAGGAGCGUAUUCCUUUGAAUUCUCAUCGGUUGCGUUCAGGUUAUGAAUACUCCCCUCCCAUCCAUGUUCCUCAGCCAAUAACACAGCAGCAACGAUACCUGGCUGAAGGCACCGACUGGGAUCUCAGUGUAGAUGCUGCUCUCCCUCCUCAGUACCAACUCCAGCAGCUUCCGCAGCACUAUCAGCAUUACCUGACCUCCCCUCGAAUGCACCACUUCCCCAGGAACACAUCAUCUGCCCAAGUGGUACUGUUGGUUUCUCUGUUAUUCUCUUUUUUUAUCUGGUUGAUGAGUAUUAAGAAUGUAAAACAAGGAUUCAAAUCUAAAAACACAACAACAACUGACCAUGGCUGAUGAUAGGUAAUGCAAAAAAAAAAAAACUUACAGGAUUUGAUGCCCUCUUCCUUUAAAACGUGUUGUCAGAUCAUCAUAAAAUGCAAUGACUUUAGCUGUAGCUGCUUUUGUUGCACUAGUUGUCCAGAACAGCUUGUGUAAGCAGAGUAGAAGUAAAAUAUCCAUGACAAAAAUAUAAUAAGCAAAGGCAAAAAUAGGAGCACAAGACCAGCAAUACCAACCAUAUAACAAUACCAUGGAAAAGAUCCAGGAUGGAUGUAGGUUAUUUUGUUCCUUUGCAAUCUCAUACAAUUGUUAUUUAGUUUUUUAUUUUUCCAAUAACAACUUCUUCAGGUAUGAAACAGAAGCUUCUUCUAUAAGUCAUCUAUAUUUCUACCUGCCUGGGAGUCCUUGUUUAGGCACUUCACCUACCAAUGAUUUAACAUCUUUUUCUUAAAGGAAAACCACCAUCUUGUUCUUUUGUGUUUGGCUGUAAUAAUUAAAUGCUUUUGUCUCAUUUUUUUAACAUUUCAUUGAAAGAAGAACUGAGAUCAUUGUUUUCAUUUUUAGUUCUACUACUUGCUCUCUUUCCUUGAACGUUGGUGCUCUUAAACGUUGUCUAAAGUAGUCUUUUGUAAAUCUGGGAAUGAUUUUAGAUGAUUUUAGAGUCUGACUUAAAUUUUGAUCCUCAGAUUAAUUCUGCUCUAAGUAAAGGUUUUCUUUCACUUAAGACAUACAACUAAGCAUCACGUAGUGCUAACCGGACAUGACUUAA